AUGGAGCAGCUCGAUGUCGAAGAGUCUGUGGUGGCUCUAUUGCAACGCCACAAAACGGUCCAGCAGAAUCCCGAAAAAGUGGAAGCGAAAAAGCGCGAGCUCCGGGGCAAGAAAGAGAUCGUUGAUAGCUUUGGUGACUCAGCUCUCUUGCAAUUACUAGCAUAUCCUGCCGACAGACUCGACAUGCUUCAGUCAGUCACAGCUGACACUGACAUCAACGUGAAUCAGGGCGUUAUCAAAAGCCUUUUAGAUAAGGAGCGGCAGAUACAGGAGCUUGCUGAUGAGCUCGCUUUUGUAAGAGACACCCUAGGCAAGGAGUUGCAGCGUUCUUGUGAUGCGGACUUGCGGAGGGCUGAGGCCGAGGGGAUGUGUUGA